AUGGAUGCCCACCAGCCUUACGAGGCAGAGACUUUGCUUCCACCUGGUAGUAUCGCCGAUCUUGCUCGUUCGUCUGUCGCCAACUCCCUCGGUGCUCCUCUCUCCAGCCAUGGCGGCGAGAUGCGCGAGUCGCAGCACUCGUCGGCUCCGCUCAACGUACCAUACGACCCAUAUGGAGAGGCGGGUACGCCUUCACCACGGGGCACGACGCCAUCCCAGUAUCGCGACGACCCAAACGAAAAGGUUGCACCUGUAGAGACUGGAUACGGCGGGACAUCGUCAAAGCAAUCAAAAAGACCAUGGUUCUGGUUGCUUGUUGGUCUGGUUGCUCUGGCUGUUGUUAUUGUUGCUGUCAUCGUGCCGGUGUACUUCAAGGUUAUCAAGCCCAACAACAACGCCGCUCAGUCGUCGGGUAGCUCCCCUGUUCCGUCCGCCUCCGCCGCAGAGCCAACCCAGUCCGAGACUCCACAAGCAGCUAUCACUGGGGGAGAUGGUAGCCAAGUAACGACCGACACUGGUAGCACUUUCGUCUACAACAAUAGCUUUGGUGGCUUCUGGCACUACGAUCCCAAGGAUCCUUUCAGCAACAAGGCGCAGGCGCAGAGUUGGACUCCCCCCUUGAAUCAGACAUGGAGGUUCGGAACAGACCAAAUUAGAGGAGUCAACCUCGGCGGGUGGCUUGUUCUUGAGCCUUUCAUCACCCCGGCCCUGUAUGAGCCUUACAUGAAUGCCUCCACACCCGCGAUCGAUGAGUGGACGUUGUGCGAAAACCUUGCGAACGACCCGUCGUCUGGAGGCGUUGCAAAGGCCAUCGAAGAGCACUACAAGACAUUUGUUACCGAGGAAGACUUUGCCCAAAUUGCCGCUGCUGGAUUAAACUGGGUUCGUAUCCCCAUCCCUUACUGGGCUAUUGAAGUGUACCCCGGCGAGCCGUUCCUAGAGGGGGUAGCAUGGAAGUAUUUCGUUAAAGCUAUUGAAUGGGCGCGGAAAUACGGCCUUCGCCUGAAACUCGACCUCCAUACUGCUCCAGGGUCUCAGAACGCAUAUAAUCAUUCUGGUAGGAUGGGACGAGUAGGAUGCAAUUACUUCAGGCUUAACGGGACAAUGGGCAUUGCUAAUGCCCAGCGCACUCUAAAUCAUAUUCGCAUUUUUACACAGUUUAUCUCCCAGCCUCAAUACAAGGAUAUCGUGCUCAUAUAUGGGAUCCUUAACGAAACGCCGAUGGGUACUAUACCACGCGAUCCGUUGGAGCGAUUUCACCUCGAGGCGUAUAGCAUGAUGAGAAAUAUUACUGGUAUUGGAGAACGAAAUGGGCCAUGGAUGAGUAUACACGAUGGCUUUGAUCCACUUGACCGAUGGGCAGAUUUUCUGCCUGGUAGUGAUCGAGUCAUGCUUGACACUCAUCCAUAUUAUUCUUUCGGGGAUCAAGAUGCCUCCCCGCCAGCUAACCAGAAUCGCAAGCCUUGCACCUCGCGCGCUCGUGCAUUUAAUGAGUCAAUGGCCACAUUUGGUAUGACUAUUUCUGGGGAGUUUAGCAACGCUUUCAAUGACUGCGGGUUCUUCCUCAAUGGUGUAAAUCUCGGGGCCCGCUAUGAUGGGACUUUCAGAUUCUACAACGGACCUAACGCUGGAGCAGGAUCUUGCGUUAAAUGGAUGGACCAGCGGUUGUGGAGCUCAGACGAGAAGGAGGCAAUCAGGCAAUUUGCACUUGCCAGCUUCGAUGCCUACCGGAACUACUUUUUCUGGACAUGGAAGAUUGGCGAAUCGACAACUUGGGGUAAUGUCGUUGCAUCUCCUCUUUGGUCAUACAAGCAUGGACUUGAGAACGGAUUUAUGCCCAAAGACCCUCGCGAAGCCAUUGGCACCUGCGGCAAUGCCUCUCCUUGGGACGGCCCUCUCCCGGCUUCUAAGACAGGUGGCGCAGGGGCAGGCACUAUUCCCAAUUCAUACGCGACGGCACGUACCUGGCCACCUCCAUCUCUUAGCGGAAUCCCGAACGCAGUAACUUUGCCCACUUAUACUGCUACUGGAACUCUGAUCAGUCUGAAGCCUGCAUCAUUCACUGGGGCAGCGGGUAUCAACGGUGGGAAUGGGUGGGCAAACUCAGCCGAUCAGCAAGGACUUUAUACACCUAUUUCUGGGUGCCCAUACCCCAGCUCUGUAUGGGGUGAUGCGGUGGAUGCGACCCAGACCUUAUGUAACGGUGGGUCCUCGCGCAGGUCUGCGAGGGGGCGGUAUGCCCUACCCAAAGAGACUGGCGUUGUUGCUCGACGAUUGAGUUAA